GGGCAGAGAGAAGAGGCCGUCAAAUUUGAAAUGGUCUCGAACAGCUCAGCGCAUGACGCAGAUGCAAAGCGGCCCACGCUGCUUGAAGCGAGGCUUAAAACCGCAAGCACUUAAAAUAACAGAGUAUCAGCAACUUAAUCCACAAGCUCGCAGAGGAGGCGCGCUGUUUAUCCCCGUGUUGGACGUCGGCGACUAAGAAAAGAAACAGAGCGAGGAGGAGGAGGAAGGCUGGGAACACAUCAGUCACAGUGAACACAAGGAAGCACGGAAGAGAGUCCGAGGAACUUGCAGAAAGAAGACAGAAUAUUAAGUCACAAAGAGGCUAGUUCACCAACCACAGCCAUUUCUGGACCAGGUUGCCUGACCUCAGGUGUCCAUGCUCUUUUCCUGCUUGGACUACUGGAAUACACUCUACCUGGGACUGCCCUUGAAGACAGGUUCCUAUUCAUGUGGAGGAAGCCUAAAAGGCCAUUAACUUGGCCAUUUUGGUUACAUCUGAAGCUCAUGAAAGCACAAAAGCAAGUAUGAGCCAUGCUGAAAACGGCUCCUCCAAGAAUCAAAACUCGGAAAGUCGAAGCCGUUAUGAGACACCAGCACUUUCUGAAUUGCAGAGGCUAGUUUGGAGCAGAGGAGGAUCUGACAACCAUGUAGAUCAAGUGUGGCCAAACCUCUACCUUGGAGACGCAUGGGCAGCUCGAAGCAAAGCCAUUCUGCAGAGCCUUGGCAUCACCCACAUCCUCAACGCAGCAGACGGGCCAUACAACAUCAACACGGGCGCUCGAUAUUACAGAGACCUGCCAAUUGAGUACUACGGGGUGCAGGCGUUUGACGACAACUCGUUUGAUAUCAGCGUCUUCUUCCAGGAUGCUGCGAAUUUCAUCCACAAUGCCUUGAAGGCUACAGGAGGCAAGGUAUUUGUCCAUUGUGCCAUGGGGUUAAGCCGCUCAGCCACUUUAGUACUGGCCUAUUUGAUGAUCCAUGAAAACCUGACACUCGUGGAGGCCUUAAAAUCGGUGGAUUCAAACCGAGGGAUCUGCCCAAACACAGGGUUCCUCAUCCAGCUACGAGCCCUGGACAUCAGAUUAAAUAAUGAGAAGAGAGGUGCCUUGGCACUCUGAGGAAAACAUACUGAUAAAGACAGGCAAUGCUGCAGCACCAAUGCCCAGUUUGGAAUAAUUACUUCAAAACUGCUAAGCUUUUACUUCAGUCCCACACAACACGCUAGAUGGCCAGUGUCCUCCACUUCUAGCUAUGCAUGAUAAAUGAUGGCUCCUUGAUAGAGUACAACAUUGGUUUGCUGGACUUGAGUGGGAUCACACUGGUUAUUUAGGGAUGCCAUAUUUUGAAGAGCAAAAAAGAGGACACGUUUGCCGGCACCUGGGGCAGGGGGCGAGGAGUGAGGGAGCAGGUGCAUUCUACAAUGUCCCUACAAAAAAUACAAAAACAAGGACAUGGUCCUUUCCCGCAUCAUGCAAAAUUCACACAGUCUGUCUAUGUUUUGCACUUGGCUGUCUAUUACCGCAUAUGCAACACAAAAAGUAGCCUGCUUCCACAACCCCGGACAUUUUGGCAAAUUCAAAAAAUCCAUCCAGACAGAACUUUUACCCCUGAAAAAGAGGACAUGUCCUGCAAAAAUAGGACGUGCGGCAACUCUAAUUUGUAUACCACCCUUCAUCUGAAGAUCACCAGGUGGUUCACAACAGAAACAUACAAAAUGAGAACACAAAAUACAUAAUCCAAGCAAAAGCAAACCAAUAACCGUCCCGUCCCACACACCUUUAAAAGGCCAUAGAAUAGUUAUGCUAUCAUCACUGUCUUUUUGAGAGAGGGAGAAGCAGAAAAAGAGGGAGAAAGACAAUAGAAACAGGUCAUGUGUUGCAGUUAAAUAUAGGCUACAGAAUGGAGAACUCCAGGAUUUAUUACAUAAAUCUCUUAGCCUUCUUCAGGGGAGCACAAGGUGAUUUUGCCGUUCUGUUUUUGCAAGUACUCUGGGGGGUCGGUGAUGCUGGGGGGUGAAGACAGCUAUAAGAUGACCCACCGAUCCUAGUGGCUGAAAAAGGAAUUUUAACCUAGGUCUACCCAGACCGUUUCCAGCACAUUUGCUCCCUGAAUGAAGCUAAUGCCUUAGCCUCCAUCCAAACAUGUGGUCAAAUAUGCACAGGCAUCGAUGUGCUGCAGGUCCCGCCCACAUUUUGUCUCCCACCUAAUUUGCAAGUUGAUGCUGCAUCCUGCAAGCAUGAUACAACAUUGCCCACAAUUGUGGUCACCUGUGCUGUGGCUUCACUGCCCUGGCAUCUACCCGUGCCCAGCUUGGUGCCAAUAUUCUGCACGACCUGCAGCUAAGGAUCUCAGCUAUGUGCUGUGUGAAGCACUCCUGCCCAUCUGUCCUGACUCUCCUGGCAUUCAGCAUCAUUGGACGAGCCCUGACCCCAGUAUUAUCAUAGAUAGAUCCAGCAUCGCCUGGGCUCUGUGAGUGCAGCUUUCUCCUGACUGAAGUGCAGAGAACAUUCGCAGGGAAACCAAAAUGCUUGUUUACUAUUGUACUACCAACCUUACUGUA